GAGAAAAUGUCCAACUCUGCGCAACUAAAGAAAAUGGCAGGCUUGAAGUAAAAACUCUUUAAAGGACGACGUCAUGAUCUGACGGCAGAAUAGGUGACUAACGUGGACGAGACAUAGCCCAUCGCUAGGGAUCGGAGAAGAGGUUUAAGCCUAGGGUUUUAGCGUAUUGAUCGAGCUAAUUUUAUUCUCCGAUCGAUUUUCAUCGUGUUUGAUUCGUUUUGAUUACUGGGUCAAGCGAAGAACUCGGUGGGAUGCUGCCUAGAUUGACGAGAUCCGUCGCCCACGCAUCAAAGCUUCGAUCUUUGGGUGGAAAUGGGUUGAUGAACAAUCUCUCUGGCGUCUCCCGUAAUGGGUACGCGACGGUAGCUCCGGUGACCGAUGAUUCGCCGCAGAAGGACUUUCCGAGCAAAUCUCCGGUAAAUUUGGAUAAGAUGUUUUGGUUGAAGCCAUCUUCAUUGGCUUUACCCAAAGAUUCCCCUCGUAGAAUUGAUGAACCUAACUAUGAAGGGGUCCGUCGAUUUGUACUCAAGCUGCUUCUGUUCUAUAGCAAGCAGAGCAUGUCUAUCCGUGGGGCAAAUGUGAUAUACAAGCGAAUUCUCUCACAAGUUGACAAACCUCCGAUGUAUGAAGUCUUCAACUUGGAGAAAACGUUCAAAAUAACGUUCUCGUUGCUUGUGCUUCAUAUGUGGCUCGUCUUACGCCGCCUCAAGGAAGAGGGGAAGGAAGGAGUUGAACUUGGUCAAUACUUAUAUGAGAUCUACAAUCAUGAUGUUGAGCUCAGAGUAUCUAAAGCUGGGGUCAAUUUGCUACUGUCAAAGUGGAUGAAGGAAUUGGAGAGAAUAUUUUAUGGAAAUGUUGUUGCCUAUGAUGCGGCCAUGCUUCUAGAAGCGAAGCCAGAUGAACUUCAAACUAAAUUAUGGAGGAACGUGUUUUGUGAUGAUGGCACGUCAAAGCCUGAUGAUGCAGCAGUAAAGGCAGUGCAGGCAAUGACAAGAUAUGUUCGCAGAGAAGUUAGUUGCCUAUCCUUAACAGAUAAACAGUCCAUGUUUUCCGGGAAUUUCCUGUUCACCUCGCUGGAGAACAAGACCUCUGGCUCAGAUGGAGGGUCUAAGCGGUGAUCUUAUUGUCUUUAGAAUUUCUUGAUUCUCAAAGGCUUCUGAAGAUGUUGAUUUGCUGUUCUUGAUUAUCUUUAAAAUUUCCUGUUCUUUGA